UUUUUUUGUUUAAGAAAAAGAACGCGCAAACUGAUAUAUAACAUUUUAAAAAAUGUUUAACAUAACUAUUUCAUGUAUAUCUUUUUCGUCUUUUGAAAAACAAAUUAAAGUUUCUCCAAGUAAUACGAUUCAAAAUGUCAAAAAUAAAAUCAAACUAGAAACUGAUAUUGAUAUUGAUAAACAAGUAUUAUAUUUUGGAGAUCAACUACUUGAAAACGAAAGAACUUUAAGUGAUUAUAAAAUUGAACAAAAUGAUCUAAUUCGACUCGUUCUAAUGAAUCCCGGCGGGUUUGAAAUAUAUGUUAAACAUCAGGAUAAAUCUACUGCUAUUCAAGUACAAUCUUCAUAUACAAUUGAAAAAGUUAAAGAAAAAUAUAAUGAAAAGAAAGGCAUUCCAGUAUGUGAACAAAGAUACAUAUAUAAUGGUAAAGAACUCGAAAAUCGAAGACUUCUUUCAGAUUAUUGUAUUGAAAAAUCGGCAACUAUUUAUCUCACCUUUAGAUUAUUUGGUGGUGCUGCUUUACCUUAAUUUCUUUAUAAUGUGAAUUUUGUAGUUAGUGUUAUAUAUCAUAAAAAUUUAAGGAUUGUUUAUUUGUAAUUGUUUUACGCCACAAUAUGAUUGUCGUUCUUGUUUUUCUUGGUUUAGAAUAGUAAUUCUUUUUCUACAAUAUGAUAAUCAAUUUGAUUAUCAUAUUGUUCCUUAGCUAAAUAAAUCAUGUGUCCAUCACGUGCGAAGUAAUUCAUGUGAAUUCAAUUAAAGUGGUUUGGACUUGUUAUAUUUACAGAAUACUCAUUGAUGCUAAUUUUUACUGCUCCAUUCAUAUGAUUUGUAAAAUACUACUGCUGCGUAUGUAUAAUAAAUAAUUAUUGUAAAUUGAUAAUCGAUAAUUAAAGUCUAAAAAAAAAAA